GAAGCAGGCCCGGUCCACGCGCCUGCAAGCGGCGGGAGGAGUCGCGGAGUCGCGGCCCCCGACCACUGCCUCCGCUGGUGGGGGUAGUGCGGGCACCACAUACCCCGCGAGGAGCUCCUCCUCGGAGCGCGCCCGGGUCGGUUGGAGUCCGGCAUGGCCGGGAGCCCGGCGGACUUACUGCUGCUGCCUCUGAUUCUCCUGCUGCUGGGGACCCCUGCCCAGGUCUCCCGCGACUACCAUUACUUUGGCGAGAAGAGCGGAGGCGACACCUGGGAGGAACUGCGGCUGCAGCAUCAGGAGAAAGACGUGGAGGACUCGAUCCUUGGCCCGUGGGGAAAGUGGCGCUGUUUCUGCGACCUGGGCAAGCAGGAGCGCAGCCGCGAGGUCCUGGGCACAGCGCCGGGCCCGGUGUUCAUGGACCGCGAGAAUCUGGUGCAGGUGCGGCCCUGCAGGCAACAGGAUUGUUCAUCCUGCAAACCAACCGAUUGCGACUGGAGGCCCUGAACCCGGCCCUGACGGGCGGGGCGUCAGGGACGCCGGGGCGGAGCUUGGAAAGCGGCUCCGCCCACCCCGUGUCCCCAAGGAAGAGCU